AUGGAAAAUAAUGAACUUUAUUAUAAUUUGUUCAAACAAGAUACAAUAUCUAGAACAUGUAUUCGUGAUGGAGGUAGAGAUGAAGUCUGUAAACCAUAUCAAAUCCAAAUUGAUUUCGAAUCACGUUCAAAACUCAUAGAAUGGCUUAAUGAACUAGUUGAAAUAUACAAAUUGCAACCUGAAACAUUGUAUAUAGCAGUUAAUAUGAUUGAUUUAUAUAUUCUAAAGAACGUUGUUCCAAUUGGUAGUUAUCAGCUACUUGCAGCAACAUCCCUUUAUACUGCUACCAAAUAUAACGAAACAAACUAUCCUGCUUUAUCAGAAUUCAUAUAUUUAUGCGAUGGUUUAUAUUCAAGAUCGAAUUUUAUAGAAAUGGAGCACAACAUACUGAAAUUCUGCCAUUACUCGCUUUCAUUAAUAUCAUAUACUACAGUUGCUUAUGCAAUGAUUGCUAAGGACAAUCCUCCAGAAGAUUUUGUUGAUUAUCUUAUAAAUUUUAGUAGAAAAACAUUACUUACGAAAGGAAUAACGCUGAUGAAACCUACAGAAGUUGCUAAAUCCAUUUUAGACCUUAUGGAGAAUGGAUUCAAUGUAGACCCAAAUGAUCUUUUGAAAAAAAUUAAAAUGUAUAUUGUUAAUGCGAUUAAAAACUAA